AUGCAGAAAAAACUUGUCCACGAAGUGAUGAAACUCAAGCCACCAUUUGCUUAUGAUCGGCAUGUGUAUUUUACUGAUUUUUCCAAAUUCGGCUACCAAAACCCUUUGUACAUCAACACUAUGCGAGACCCUGUAGAGAAGAUUAUCUCCCGGUUUUUCUAUUGGAGAUCACCUGGUUUAUCUAUCUUCGAAGAACUAAAGUCGGCUGGAAAAGUACAUUCCAACAAAAGUCACUGGCUAUCAAAAAAUUUUGAACAGUGUGUGCUUACACAUGAUCCAGAAUGCACAUUUAUAACCGGACAACCUUACGAUCUUGCCAUUCCUUAUUUCUGUGGCCAUGAAGAGGAGUGCAUGUUUUUAAACAAUAAGGCUGCUCUGAAACUGGCUAAACGGAAUGUUUUGAAACAUUAUACCGUAGUGGGGAUCUUAGAAGAAAUGAACAAAACACUGAAGGUGUUGGAAGCUCGUAUUCCCCAGUUUUUCAGGGGUAUUUCUACGUUAUACAGCAUUAAACAAAAAGUAAAGAACAAGACUUCGGGAAAAAAGAAGAUUUCGGAAAAAGUGAAGAAUAUAUUGAGACAAAACCUAACGAUGGAAUAUGAAUUCUACAACUUUAUUUGUAAACGUCUUAACGAUCAAUUUAAUAUCAUUAAAAAGUCCUCUUGAUGACUUGAAAUGAGGUGCUAGAAAGUGUCCUUU